CUGAGAAAUUAAGGUGUAUUUUUUAAGCUGACAAUGAAGUAAUAGAUAGCUACCUAAAAACAUGAAGUAUUCAAACAGAAGACUUAGACUGUACCUGUUCCUCUGGCGCGAACACGAUGACCUUGGGGCUCCCGCUGUGUUUGGCCACAAAGAAUUUCCGCAAUGCUCUUGAAGGAUGUCUAGUCGUCUGUUGACUGGCGGAGAAUGCCCACAAGGUGUUCUGGAUGUUGUAGAAGGUGCUAUUGGCUACCUUGCUUUGUCGGUUGGAUAUACAGCCAUUGAAUAUGCUGCACUGAGGGUGCUUUCAAAUCUUUUCUUCUCAUUUACUGAAGAUUUAGCUGCUUCUUCACUUAUGAAUGCUGAAAGUACGGGAAGAACGUCAAUCCUUUUAAGCGAUAUCGUACUUGGAUUAAUAGAUUUGGGGUUUGAUGUUUCAGGCCUAAAUGAAAUCCCCCGUAAACGCAUGUACAGAGGAUGUAAAGAACCUGUUGCUAUUGGGGGUUCACAAAAGAAAGGUGUUUCAUGCUCUGCAGUACUGGGUCCAGGUGGAACAACAAUUAUUCCUCGACCGUUGUCUUUACGUCUUAAUUGGUCGGGCAAUCCUCGUCUUGGUGCAAUGGGAUCUACAUGUACUUCAAAUUCAGGUGCUUCAGACCAACUGUCAUCUUUACCACCUCCAGCUCCUGCACACCUACAGCUUCCUUCACUACCUGAGCCACACACCUUUGUAACCACACGAGUUAGGCGUGCACCAAUAGCUCCCGAUCCAGCUUCAUUACGCCGUCGAGUAGCUGAACAGCGUCGUAAAGUUCAACAGUCCUUGAUCCGAUUUCUGGGUCGUGUUCAGCCCGUUCAGUAUCUAUUUCCCGGUGAUGCGGAAUCAUUUAUGCUGAUAACUCCAAAAACUUCUCAUCGUCCGUACUUAUCAGCUUUACUCGCUGGUGCAUCGACAAGUAAGGAGGAACCAAAUUCCAAAUCAAACACCGUGACAAGGAGCGUCUCUAAUCAACCUGCUGUAGUGAAAAAUAAAUUUUUGCUAAAACCGAAAUUCCCUGAAUAUUGACUUACACAGGCUGGCUACCUUUAUUUUGCAUAUAUAUUUCAUUCCUUUUCGUUUCUGUGGGUUAUUCUUAAGAUUGUCAAUUAUUCAAGCCUGGACUUUCUUUUUGUUAGAGAUUACUCCUUUAACUGUCCAGCGCGAAUUUGUUCAGCAUAAUUGCCUUGUUGUCUAGCAGCGGCAUUUUUUUACACUGCCUUUUUGAUUCUUUCGUUUUCCUUUUGAUACGUACGUUUCUUCUUCUUUUCCUAACUUACAACCAUUUCUAAGUCUUUGAGAUACGUUUACUGCUGUCUUCUUCAUUAUGGAUAAGAUUUUUUGAUAAAUCUUUGUAAUAGUAAUUAGUAGUGGUUAUCAUAAUAACAAGUUAUCGGUUCAUUUAGUGAUAAGAAAAGUUACAUGAUUAGAAAUAUGUAGAAUUAGAUAAAAACACUUCAGAUCAUUUUUAGUUCUGAAUCAAUGCAUCAGUGGUACAACCUCCUAGACAAAUUAAACCAGUUUUACUGUGCAGACACUUCAAUUUCUCCAUUUUUUCAGAAGUUGUAUGAUAUUACAAUUAGUAUAAAAUUUUAAUGAUAUGAGGAAAGUUUAAGACAUUUUGUUGUUUGUUCAGCACUGUAAACUCUGUUAUACUGAAUUUGUAAUUCUUCAACUGAAGUGAGGAAUCUGCCUAAAAAGCUUUUGAUUUGCGAUUCCCAUGAUUCGGGUUCAUUGUGUAUAGAUGUAUCUGUUUUGUCUAGCUUACGAUUACUGUCUGUCAAUUGUUGUUCUUGAAUAUUAGUUUCUUCUGGUG